AUGUUCUUUGAUAAAGGCCUUCUCCCUGUCGGUGACCGUCCUGAUGAGAACAGACCUAAAGACAAAGAGCGCAAGACCGACGGGCACAGAGAGAGGAGGGCAGCACGAAGUCUGCCACACAACAACAAGACACACGCGCAGCAUCCACUGUUUCCCUAUCUAGUCGAUCUAUCGGGAUGUCUCAGUCUCCUCUGCAGCUCCGGAGGGGGAUUCAGCACCAGAUAGGCCGUGUAUGUCCUUCUGCGAGCCUCCAACCCUCCGUCAAUGUCAUGUGGCCGCCACCUCACUUCCUGUGGCGUAGAAUGGCGUCGUUGGUGUGCCCCGUAGAAGGAUGAUGGAAGGGGGACAGAGGCACGAUGCUCGGCCCGCGGCUGAACCUGGAUGGAUACACGCAAGGGCGCAAGAUAAGACAGUCACUCACGCCCGUCUUGCCUUGCUUUCUCUCUCACCCGUCCAUUUUUCCUCCUGGGACCCUCACGCCUCAUCGGGCCUCCAGUGGUUGUGUCCCGCCCGUCAGCCCUCCACUCACGUGUCAUCCAAUCAGCAGCCGUCGACUCACUGGCGGACUGUUGUGAGUCGUGUUGCAGGCGAAUCGCAUCCUCAUGAAAGGAAAAUAAAGGCUCGGCAGGGGCUGGAGGGCGUGGGGGUGGGGGUGGGACUGGCGGUGGCGGCACAGCUGGAGGAGUAAGAGACACCUGUACGGACAUGCUUCGUUGGGUGACGUCUGCCAGAGACGGAGCCGUAUCUUUGUUCGCCUUGUUGCUGGGAACCGAGGGUGGAUCUUUCCGCCUUGCAGCCAGCAUUUCUCCAAGCCCUUGGGCAACCAAUUCCUCAGCUCUCAGCGGUGGCUGGGGGCACUUGUCCGCCCCAUAAUCAGCCACUGGCUCGCUGGAUGCAGCCACGGUGUCUUCUUGAAUCAUGAGAAGCGUUGUCUGUGUGGCCUUGGUAGCCACUUUGGGCGGUUGCCGCGACAUCGUUGGCUGCCGGAGUUUCCUCAGUGCCAUGAUGACGGACCACGGGGACGCCAAGGAUGCAAACGACAUCACGGUCUCGCUUGGCUCCUUUGCAGCGCCGCGGUUUCUGAACGUGUCAACGUGCUCGACAUACACGCUGGAGGGAGGCACACACAAGAGAGACACACUGUCUUGCGGCUCCGGUGUUCACUGGUGUAAUAUGGCUCACACAGCAAUGGCCACAGCAGCAACACCGAUGUUGACCACGACCCAGAAGGACGCCACGAGAGCAUCCAUCAUGGGCAUCGUGGGCACGGGAGUCGCCAUUACCUCAGGCAAGAAUGCACCUGAACAUGGCAUGGCAAGUGGAUAUCCUCAGCAGAUGGAAUAAAACAUUGCAUCCUUCAUCAUCUAUCGUAUACAAAGGAAGGCCGACCUGGCUGCACAAGGUGUCUGUCGCAUCGCCCCUGACACGUCACGAGCCGCUCGAGAGUCUCGCCGUCCAGCCGGCACUCUCCUCCAGUAAUGUUGGGGUGACGCCUUUGCUUCCUCCAUUUGCGACCGCUCUUGUCGACUGUCACCUCGGCGUUCUCCCAGGGUGACAGGGGGCACGAGGGAAGCUGCCCUUCUGGGGUGAUUGGCGUUGUGGGAUGGACGAGGCCGACUGGACGAAGCCAGUCACUUGUGGAGGGGGGCGUUUCGGGCGGAGACGGUCUCGGUGAGGGCGCUGGUCUUUGCGCAGCGGGUCGUUCAGGCUCAGAAACUUGCUCCAAUGGGACAUCCGUCGCCCGUACCAUCGUCUCGUGUUUCUCGUCUUUUGGUGGCUGCUCUGUGGGUAUCACUUUUGUUGUGUCGUCGGCCGUCUCUGUUAGGUGCUGCUCAUAUGGGAUUGAUUGUCCUGGGAUCGGCAUUUCAGAUCUCUUCUGAUCCUCUGCAGCUUGCUCGGGCUCGGGAAGUACCCUUCCUUCUUCUUUCUGCUGCCUUAGAGCGGCUUCGGCUUCCGCCACGGCUUCAGAGGUCUUCUCCUGCUCUGUUUGCACCGGUUGGCCUGGCCUCGGCACUUCGGGCGUCCCCUGUUGCUUUGGUUCUUCAGAAGCAGGCUUGAGAAGCACGUCUGGCUGUUGUGGUUCUUCAGUCGGCUUGUCUUUGGGCUUUGCCGCUGCUUUCUCCUCUGAUCGGAUUCGUGUCUCAGCCAUGAGCACCUUCCCCGCUUCUUCACUUCCUGUGUCGUUGCGGCCGGGCGGCAACACGGUUGUCAGCCAUUUCCACGCCCGAUUGGCAGCCUCCGUCACGAAUCGUCUACCUGGCCUCUGUGAUUGAUGAGUGGCCUCAUGAGACACACGUGGCACUUGCGUGCCCGCCGUCGCAUUGCUGGGUCCUUCGUGAGCCCCUGGCGUUGCCGUCUCGUCCAUCUGCUUCGUCAUCGCCUCUUUCAUCCGCGCAGUCAUGGCCUGGAGUGUCCCAAGUGGAUCUGCUCGCAUCACCACAAUCUCCCACGCCCAUUUCGCUUUAGAGUGGACAGCCGCCAGCUGAGGGAAGAGCUCAAGCACGCGAUUCAUGGGCACGUCAGUGGCUGUUGCGGUUGUGUCAGGGCGCGGCGUUGGCUCGUUGGCUGAUGGCUGAAGUCCCGUGUCUUCUGUGAAGGGUGCGUCGCCGCGCCACUGCAUGGUCUUUGGUGUCUUGUCAAGCACGUCAAGUGGUACUUGUUGGAGCAGGUGUGGGCUUUCGCCACCCCAUCCGAUGCCCCGACGGUAGAGACUCGCGUGGACGGAGAAGGAUGUCACAGAGCCCCAGCGCUGCUUGCGGGACAGACUGCAGGAAACACACAAGACGAGCAGCCGGUCUCUUGCUGUCCCCUGCUUGUGGCUGACAGCCUACGUCUUGAUUCGGUCGAUCGGCGCGUGGAGUGCGAUGGACGAGUCACAAGUGACAAACAGGCAGGAUGGGUGCCAAAGCCACUCCCAAUGCCAUGUCUCGAUCGAUGGCGGAGAGACACCAUGCCACCUCACACUCGCCUACGGGAAUCCAACCGACAAGGCAGCGGUCUCAAGUUUGAUACUCGAGUGUUUUUGCUGGGCUCUAACUCACUCACUCACUUCGAGGGCAACCCAGUAUGCAGUGAAGAGGCCGGUGUUCCGCAUGCCUCGCCAAUGCACGUCAAGGGACCCACUGUCCAGAGCUAGCACACUUGGCACUGACAGCUGCAGCCGCACAGUGAGAGAAUCGACUGCAAUCAAGUCCGCCAAGAUGCCCACACUGAGACAUAAGAACACCGUGUCGUGUUGCGUGCCCUUCCCUCCCUCCCUCCCUCCCUCCGUCCCAGACCUACCCACCCAUCAAACAUCCUCAGCUCGUACUCGCCCUCGACCAACGGGGCCUCCAGCCGAAGCUCCCCCGAGUAAGCUUCGCUCUCAAGGGGGUGGGGGAAGCUGUCGCUCUUCUUGGUCCACUGCCAUGCCCUCCCCUUCCCACCCUUGUGCCCUUCGCACACCAAAGCGACAUCGGCGCGACAAAUGGCGACGUAGGACCGGAUCAGACGCUCCUCAGUGAGGCCAUGCCAAGCGACUCUGACGCCCCAGCCGGCGGGAGACAUCCCGGGGCCGACAACCUGCGCGGACAGAGACACAGGCAGGGGCCAAUUGAUUUGACGGGCGCGGUCCAUUCAUUGGUUUAUUUUACCUUGAUUGGCGGUUCUGUUGUCCAUUUUUUGUCAUCCUGUCUGUCCUCGAUGGCCAGCCGAGGCGCCAGAUGCUCCGCCCAUGAUCCGGGUCCAUACCGCAGAAACUGUCGCCGCAGCCACACCUGAAAGAGAGAGCAGCCACAGCAUGCAGCACUGCCGACAUGCACACCUGGUCCAUCCCUCUGCUGGUCCUCAUGAGCUUACCCAUGCUUCAGCUCCGGGCGGGCUUGUUCUCGUGGGCGAGGAAACGGUCUCAAGGGAGAGAGUGCAUGCGCAGCAGGCGAGGCAAGUUAGGAGAGCCAGCAGCCUUCGAAAACACAUGAGGCCCAACUUUGCGAGCUUAACUUGAAGGCUCGCAAAGUACUUUGCGAGCUUAACUUGAAGGCUCGCAAAGUUGGGAACUGGCAGCAU